AUGGCGCCCCCAAAGAAAAGCCCGUCUUCCUCCAAAACUCGCUCUUCUGCGUCGCAGCCGUACAUCAAGAAGGUCAAAGGCGAGAACUUCUACCACGAUGCAAAAACCGCAAACCGGCUCAAGAUGCUCAAGGGCGGCAAGGCCGUCCGCGACAAGGACGGUAGGAUCAUCCAGGCAGCCGCGUUCCAGAAGGGAGAAGACGAGACGAAACCGGGAAGGGUACAGCCUGAUAGACGGUGGUUUGGGAACACCAGGGUGAUUUCUCAGACCGCCUUGGAUCACUUCCGGACAAGUCUUGCUGGGAAGAAGGAUGACCCCUAUUCCGUGCUGUUGCGUCGCAACAAGUUGCCAAUGGCUCUCCUAGACGAUGCUGCUAACCCGAACAUACGCAAGCGUUCGCAUAUCCUUGAGACGGAGGCCUUCAAGGACACGUUCGGUCCCAAGGCCCAACGCAAGAAGCCGCGUCUGGAUGUGGGCACAUUUGAAGAGCUCAGCAAAGCAAGCGAAGCGGCUGUAGAGGAACGAGAGAACGCGACGCAAGGGGAAGACGGACUUGCGGCAUCAACGUCCGGCGGAGACGAUUUCCAGACGCACGCGGAUAUCAUUGAGCCCAUCUAUGCGAAGGGAACGUCGCGCCGCAUCUACGGCGAGCUCUACAAAGUCAUCGAUUCCUCCGACGUAAUCAUUCAUGUCAUCGAUGCUCGCGACCCGAUGGGAACGCUUUGUGAGUCCGUCUUGGAGUUUGUCCGGAAGGAGAAGGCGCACAAGCAAGUCGUCCUUGUCAUCAAUAAGUGCGACUUGGUGCCAAACUGGGUCACGGCCCGCUACAUCCAACAGCUCACCCCCCGUUACCCCACACUCGCCUUCCAUGCCUCGCCCAACCACUCAUUCGGCAAAGGUUCACUCAUCCAGCUCCUUCGCCAGUUCUCCCAGCUGCACUCCGACAAGAAGCAGAUCUCCGUCGGCUUCAUCGGCUACCCCAACGUUGGCAAGUCUUCCGUCAUCAAUACCCUCAAAGCCGGCAAAGUGUGCAACGUCGCCCCCGUCCCCGGCGAGACCAAGGUCUGGCAGUACAUCACGCUCACCAAACGCAUAUACCUCAUCGACUGCCCCGGAAUUGUCCCGACGUCUGCUAAAGACUCCCAGACUUCCACGGUGCUCAAGGGCGUCGUACGCGUAGAGGCACUCGCCACCCCCUCGGAGCACAUCCCGACGCUCAUGGAGCGCGUGAAACCCAUCUACCUCUCGCGCACAUAUGGCGUGCCACUCCCCGACCCCGACAAUCCCUCUGAGGGCUGGGACCCCGAGGCGUUCCUCGACAAGCUCGCGCGCAUGAAGGGCCGCCUCCUCAAGGGCGGCGAGCCGGACCGUGAGGCCGUCGCGAAGAUCCUGCUAAGCGACUGGGUGCGCGGCCGGAUCCCGUUCUUCGUCCCGCCUCCGGACCGCACGGAGGAGCUUAAUAAGGCAGAGGCGAAAAAGGCGCGAAUUGCUGGGAAGGACGCGAAGGGCAAGGGCAAGGCCGCUGCCGUCGAGGAGCCUGAGCGGCAGCUGCACGUCAGCCAGCACUUGGGUUCGAUCAUGCAGAAGAACUCGUUUGUCGGUGACGAUGUCCGCCCUCUCGAAGAAGACGGGUCGGAAGAGGACACAGGAGAAGAGAUUGAAGAGAGCGAGGACGACGACGAGGAGAAGGAGAAGGAGGAAGAGGAGGAAGAGAACCUUGGCUGGAACGACGUGUUCAAGGGCGAUCAGGUGCCUGAGGACGCGGAGCAGAGCUAUCAGGAAGAGCUCUCUGCGCUCUCUGGCAAAUCCAGCGAUGAUGAAGCCGUCGCGUCGGAUGAGUCAGAAGAGGAGCCUUCAAAGGCGCAGAAAGAGCCCCGUUUGAGAACGAACAAGAAAAAGGCGACAAAUUUCUACACAAAUGCGAAUGUGAAGAACAAGAACCGCCACAAAGCGGCGAUCCUGAAGUCGUUGCAGAGCGGCAACAAGAGCGGUGGAAGGCGGAGACGAUAGACGAAUUUGUAUACCUACGUGUGUAUUCCUGGCAUUGACGCUAUGGUGAUAUAGUCUG